CUUCUCUCUGUACUGCUGCUGUUUUACACACAGAAGCACCGCGUUCCAGAAUGGGUGUAGACGUUGAAACAAUAUCUCCAGGAGAUGGUAGAACAUUUCCAAAGAAGGGGCAGACAUGUGUAGUACAUUACAUAGGAAUGUUGCAGAAUGGAAAGAAAUUCGACUCCUCACGGGACAGAAACAAGCCCUUUAAAUUCAAGAUCGGGCGACAAGAGGUCAUCAAGGGCUGGGAGGAAGGUGUUGCACAGAUGAGCCUGGGCCAGCGGGCGAAAAUCACCUGCACUCCAGAUAUGGCAUACGGAGCCACCGGUCACCCUGGGGUCAUCCCUCCAAAUGCCACACUCAUAUUUGAUGUGGAGCUGCUAAAGCUUGAGUAAUCGCUUGAAGAGGAAUGUAUAACCCCUGCCCUACCAAUGUCUCGCCUUUCACAAAUUCUCUUUCUGAAACUACACUUGACGUCUUUGCUUUAUCUUUAACCUCUGUUAUAUUGUUUAUCUAGUUUAGCAUUUUUAAACCACUAUAAACACUAGAGCUCUGAUUUUGACAUACACAAACUGUUCUGUUGUGAUAUUAGACUCAAUUUUAUUUGAGAAUGACAUAAAAUCAUUAAAUCAGCAUAAGCACAUAUUACAUUAUAACCACUGCCUUACUGCAUCGUGCAUAGUAAAGUGAAAGUAGGGUGUAAAGUCACAAUUCUGCAAUUCUGUAUUUUGAGGGGCAUUACCAACCACUGUCUGCAUUGCCACUUUUGAUAAAAACAUAUGUCCUGCUGAAUGCAUAUGUGACAAUAAUACUGAUGUAUAUUUUAUAUGUGUCUCUUGUAUAAACAUUAACUGCAGGUAUGAAAGAUAAAACUUUGCCUCUGCCUGGAAUGAACUGAAUAAUGUACCAUGGAGUGCUUUGCUUCUAUACACAUUUUAUCUAUGAGCUCUUAAUAAAUUUAAUAUUUAAA